AUGGCUGCCGCUGCCGCCGCCGCCGCCAACUGCGAUGACGAGGACAACUACGAGGAGUACAUCCCCGUCGCCAAGCGCAGGGCCAUGGAGGCUGAUCGCUUCCGCCACCAGCGCCUUCCCAAGCCCGCCGUCCCCUCCCUCCCACCGCCUCCGCCCCCACCGACCAACAACUCUGCCCCCGCCGCCAAGCCCAGCUUCCUCGUCACGUCCACACUGCACAAACGCACCGCCGCGGAGAUCACCCCCACCGAGCGGUUGAUACAGGAGGAGCAGAAGAUUGCCGAGGAAGCCUCCUACCGCACGACCCUCAAGCCCGUGGGUGAGAUCGCCAAGGACAUCACCUACACCGAGCCGCUCCGCACCGGCUGGAAGCCGCCGCUGCGGCUCCGCCGCAUGCCGGGCCGCAAGGCCGACGAGCUCCGCCGCAAGUGGCACAUCCUCGUCGAGGGCGAGGAGGUCCCGCCGCCCGCCCGCGACUUCUGCGACCUCCGGUUCCCCGAGCCCAUCUCCCGCAUGCUCCAGGAGAAGGGUAUCGUGCAGCCCACGCCCAUCCAGGUGCAGGGGCUCCCCGUCACGCUCUCCGGGCGCGACAUGAUCGGCAUCGCCUUUACCGGCUCCGGGAAGACGCUGGUGUUCGUGCUGCCACUCAUCAUGGUGGCGCUGCAGGAGGAGAUGCUGAUGCCGAUUGUACCUGGGGAGGGGCCCUUCGGGAUGAUCAUCUGCCCAUCACGGGAGCUGGCCAAGCAGACGUAUGAUGUUAUCGAUAUGUUCCUCGCUCCCCUCAAGCAGGCUGGGUUCCCAGAAGUACGACCCUUGCUCUGCAUUGGGGGUGUAGACAUGAGGACGCAGCUCGACGUGGUGAAGAAGGGUGUGCAUAUUGUGGUCGCCACGCCUGGACGGCUCAAGGAUCUUCUCGCCAAAAAGAAGAUGAACCUUGACAAUUGCAGGUAUGUAACAUUAGAUGAAGCUGACAGGCUUGUUGAUCUUGGGUUUGAGGAUGACAUUCGGGAGGUUCUUAACCAUUUCAAGGUAAAAGAUAAUUUCAAGGCACCAAGGCAAACCCUUCUUUUUUCUGCCACUAUGCCGAAGAAGAUUCAGAACUUCGCAAUGAGCGCCCUCGUGAAGCCAGUUGUUGUCAAUGUUGGAAGAGCUGGAGCAGCAAAUCUUGAUGUCAUUCAAGAAGUUGAGUAUGUCAAGGAAGAUGCCAGAAUUAUAUACCUCCUUGAGUGCCUUCAAAAGACUCCACCUCCAGCUCUUAUAUUUUGUGAAAACAAAACUGAUGUUGACUACAUCCAUGAGUAUCUUCUUCUAAAGGGUGUUGAAGCAGUUGCAAUCCAUGGAGGAAAAGAUCAGGAGGAAAGACAGAGUGCGAUUGAGUUCUUCAAGAAUGGAAAGAAGGAUGUUUUGGUAGCUACUGAUGUUGCCUCAAAGGGUCUUGAUUUCCCUGAUAUCCAGCAUGUCAUUAACUAUGAUAUGCCUGCCGAGAUAGAGAACUACGUCCACAGGAUUGGUCGAACUGGCCGAUGUGGGAAAACUGGAAUAGCAACUACAUUCAUCAACAAGAACCAGACAGAGACUACGCUUCUUGACCUGAAGCAUCUGCUCAAGGAAGCGAAGCAAAGAAUACCCCCAGUGCUCGCUGAGCUCGUUGACCCACUGGAGGAUGCUGAGGCUAUCGCAAAGGCGAGUGGUGUAAAGGGAUGUGCGUCAUGUGGUGGCCUUGGGCACCGUAUUGCUGACUGUCCUAAGCUGGAGCACCAGAGGUCCGCGGCCAUGGCUGGUUCCAGAAGAGAUUACUACGGUGGUGGAGGUUACCGAGGAGAAAUAUGAUUGCCUCAUGUUACUGUGUGUAAUGCUGUUUCAAGAGCUAAAAUGCUGCAACGUAAGUUCAUCCAUGCUUGAGAUACACCAUACCUUACCUUACAUGUGUAGACAUCAGUAAACAAUGAGAUGACAAUCCAGAU